AAAAAUCGAGCAAGGAAAUUUACUCGCGACGUGGCCUACAAUUCAUUCCUAGCUGUAUACAUUCUUCAUACUGUUCAAAUACAUAUAUUCUACGUCACCACACUUAACUUCUGCAAUGCCAAAAGCUGCAAGAACGUACUACUAUGCUGUGCGUGUUGGUAAAAAACCCGGCAUUUACACUCAAUGGUCCGACUGCGAAAAGCAAGUGAUAGGGUACCCUAAUUCUAGAUACAAAAAGUUUGUUUCAAAGCAGGAAGCCGACGACUUCCUCUCAGCAACCGAGUCAAAAGGGAACAGUAGUACAUCCCGUAAGCAUGCAACCACCACUAAUUUCGCUGGCACCUCUAAAGAUACAUCUGGGGAUACGAAAAUUGGCAUUGCUGGAUCGAAGAUAGAAACCAAAACGGAACGUGAAGAAAAAGUAGCAUUGAAGGACGAAGGCAUGAUAGUUUAUACUGAUGGAGCUGCGUCAGGGAAUGGAACUAGCAAGGCGUAUGCUGGUAUUGGUGUGUAUUGGGGACCUAAUGACAAAAGCGAGCCAUUGGAAGGAAAACCAACUAAUCAAAGAGCUGAGAUUCAGGCUGUAAUCCGAGCGAUCGAGACAUGUGGGAAUGAUAAAAGUCGGUUAAAUAUCUGCACAGACAGUAUGUAUACUGUAAAUGCGGUCAAAUUCUGGCGAAAAGCAUGGGAGAAGAAUAAGUGGAAAACAUCUAGUAACAAAGAUAUACAAAAUGAGGAUUUGUUUAGGAGGCUGUUCCACCUAAUAGACACCCGACCUGGAAUGGUGGUACUGAAACAUGUUCGAGGUCACCAGGGAGUUGAUGGCAAUGUACAGGCUGACCAACUAGCUGUGAAUGGAGCUAUGCUAUCGGCAAACAAUAAAAAGUCACCCGACAAUGUAAUCAAAUGACUUGCUUCCGAUCUUUAUAUUCUCGCUAUUCAAUACAAUACUUUGUGCA